AUGAGCAAGGAGCCGCGCGGCAGGGCGGGCAGCCGCGGAAGGGGCUUCCCGGCGUGGCGCGGCGGGUGGCGCGGCGGGUGGCGCGGCAAGGGGCAGAGCGUGGAGUGGAGGAGCAAGGUGGAGCACGCAAAACCUCAGCUAAUUCAGGCAACGUUGGACCAGUUUGUUCCAUAUAAAGGCUGGAAACUUUAUUUCUCUGAAGCUUAUGGUGACAAGUCUCCUUCUGUGCUGAAGACUCAAGCCUUUGAGAAGUUUUUCAUUCAACGCAUUGAGCUGUAUGACAAGGAUGAAAUAGAAAGAAAAGGAAGUAUUCUGGUGGAUUAUAAAGAACUGAUUGAAGACAGGGAACUAACUCAAUCAAUACCAGAUAUAGCUACCGAAUUAAGGGAUAUGCCUCAGAACAUACUGCAAUGCAUGGGCUUGGCAAUUCACCAGGUGUUAACAAAGGACCUCGAAAGGCACGCUGCUGAGCUGCAGGUGGAAGAAGGAUUGCCCCUUGUUGGAGAACCUAUAAUAAAUGUGCCACACAUCCAUGCCAGAGUGUACAACUAUGAUCCAAUAACUCAGCUGAAAAACGUUCGGGCCAACUGCUAUGGGAAAUACAUYGCCCUGCGUGGCACCGUUGUGCGUGUCAGUAACAUUAAGCCUCUCUGCACCAAGCUAGCCUUUGUGUGUGCCACGUGUGGAGACGUCCAGGGUGUUCCUCUGCCUGAUGGGAAGUACACUCUUCCAGCUAAAUGCCUUGUUCCUGAGUGCCGGGGCCGGUCAUUCACACCAGACAGAAGCUCUCCUUUAACCACUACAGUGGACUGGCAGUCUAUUAAGGUGCAGGAGCUCAUGUCCGAUGAUCAGCGCGAAGCAGGUCGAAUCCCUCGCACGAUAGAGUGUGAACUGGURCAAGAUCUUGUGGACAGUUGUGUCCCGGGAGAUAUGGUCACCAUUACAGGGAUUGUUAAGGUGUCAAGCACUGAGGAAGGAGCUUCUAAAAAUAAGAAUGACAAGUGUGUGUUCCUGUUGUACAUCGAGGCAAAUUCUGUCAGCAACACUAAAGGGCAAAAAGCCAAGAAUUUUGAUGAUGAGUCUUUUCAAAGAGCAUUCAUGGAAUUUUCUCUUAAGGACCUUUAUGCCGUUCAAGAAAUUCAAGCUGAGGAAAAUCUGUUCAGGCUCAUUGUGAACUCUCUUUGUCCUGCUAUCUAUGGCCACGAGAUUGUGAAAGCAGGUUUGGCGUUGGCCUUAYUUGGAGGAUGUCAGAAGUUUGUGGAUGACAAGAACAGAAUCCCAGUCCGAGGAGACCCACAUGUCCUGGUUGUUGGAGAUCCGGGAUUAGGGAAAAGUCAGAUGUUGCAAGCAGUGUGUAACGUGGCUCCUCGAGGCGUCUAUGUUUGUGGCAACACUUCCACCAGCUCUGGCCUCACUGUUACGCUGUCCAGAGAUGGGGCAUCGGGAGAUUUUGCCUUGGAAGCUGGUGCUUUAGUGCUUGGAGAUCAAGGGAUUUGUGGGAUAGACGAAUUUGAUAAGAUGGGAAGCCAGCAUCAAGCCUUGUUGGAAGCUAUGGAACAGCAAAGCAUCAGCCUCGCCAAGGCCGGCAUCGUGUGCAGCUUGCCUGCCCGGACAUCCAUCAUUGCUGCAGCAAACCCCGUUGGAGGACACUAUAACAAAGCCAAAACAGUGUCCGAGAACUUGAAAAUGGGSAGCGCUUUGCUGUCCAGGUUUGACUUGGUGUUUAUUUUGCUGGACACKCCAAACGAAGACCACGACCACUUGCUGUCGGAGCACGUGAUGGCCCUGCGAGCGGGCAAGCAGGCGGCAUGCAGCGGCGCCGUCGUGGCUCGCGCCGGCACCCAGGACCGCUCCGUCCUCGAGGCCGUUCCGGAUCGGCCGCUGCUGGAGAGGCUGAAGAUCUCACCAGGAGAAAACUUCGAUGCCAUUCCCCACCAACUGCUGAGGAAGUACGUGGGAUACGCGCGGCAGUACGUUCACCCAGCUCUGUCCCCAGAAGCUGCCAAGGUCCUCCAGGAAUUCUACCUGGAGCUCCGCAAACAGAAGCAAGGAGCGGACGGCACRCCCAUCACCACGAGGCAGCUGGAGUCGCUGAUCCGACUCACAGAGGCAAGGGCAAGGCUGGAAUUAAGGGAGAAAUCUACAAAGGAAGAUGCUGAAGAUGUAAUAGAAAUAAUGAAAUACAGCAUGCUAGGAACUUAUUCAGAUGAGUUUGGAAAACUGGACUUUGAACGCUCACAGCAUGGAUCUGGGAUGAGCAACCGGUCACAAGCAAAAAGAUUUGUUUCUGCCCUUAACAAUAUUGCAGAAAGGACCUACAACAGUCUCUUUGAAUUACAGCAACUUCGACAGAUUGCAAAUGAAUUACAAAUACGAGUAACUGAUUUUGAAAGCUUUAUUGGAUCUCUAAACGAUCAGGGUUAUCUCUUGAAAAAGGGUUCAAGAAUUUAUCAGCUUCAAACGUUGUGAAAAGACCCUCCUUGACAAAUUUCCUGACCCAUAGCCAUAGUAUCUGAGGCAGCCUGAUGGAAGCACUGCAAUAAAAUGCAUUAAAUUGCAGCCUACCACAAUACUUGAUGCCCUGCCAGCGCAGUUACCCGCUGUGGUUGAAAAUUCCCCUUCAGGUACUAAGGCCCGUCAGAGCUUUGCGCAAAACUGUUGCAGGAUAAAGUAGGCSCUAGUGCUGCUCCCUGACUUAUCCUGAAGGUUUUCCUGCCCAAAGGAGACUGGGUGCCAUGUACUCCACUCUUGAAUGGUGGAAAGUGUAUUCUACUUGGUUCGUUGCAGUGUAAUAAGCUGCUUAUUUUUCUUUUUCUGCUCCUGAAUUUCAAGUAAUGUUGUCCCUACCAACGUAAAGAUAAUGCUUCCAUGAGAAGACAUGCGAGUUGCCUUUUUAACAUAGUUAACUUGAAUGUAAAAAGUAUAGAAAUGCUUCCAAAAAAAAAGAGGGACGAUACUGUUAUGGUUGUAAAAAGUGACACAUUAUUGAAAGUGAUUUCAUUCUGUUCGCAGCUCUGUAUAGUUUUUUUUUAUAGUUGAGAUUUUAUUUAAAAGGCUGGUCUAGUAAGAGUUUCCUUCUUUCCUUAUAAAGUUGUGUACAACAACUUAGCUUUUAUGUCCCUUUUUCAUUAAACUUCAAUGCCUAAUGGAUCCAGGAGCAUUAUACAGUAAUAAAAUGUACUGU